CUCCGCCGGUUUCCGCGUAUAAAAACGGCCAACCUCCCUGCCACUCCCUCCUCGCCUCGAUCGCUCUCGUCGCUUGUCCAGUCCAGUCCCCCACGGAGAUCACGAUUCACGACACGAACCGAACAAGAACCGGUCGAGCAGAGCAGAGCCCAGCAGCGGCAAUCGGGGAUGGCGGCGGUGAGCGGGAAGGCGCCGUCGCUGGUGGUGGCGGCGAGCAUGGGCGCGGUGGAGGCGCUCAAGGACCAGGCGGGCCUGUGCCGCUGGGACUACGCGCUGCGCUCGCUCUACCACGGCGCCGCCGCGCCACGGAUCCACGCGCUGGCCGCCGCGCUCUCGGACUCCGUGUCCACGCCCCCGGCGUCGCGGCCGCCGUCGGCGGCGGCGGCGGACGCGGCAAGGAUGCGCAAGGCCUACCACCUCGUGUGCUGGGGACCCAACUGAUGAUCGAUCAAUGAUGCUUCUCUCGUGUAUUGCGCAUGCUACAUCCAUGAUCCAUCCAUCGAUUCCAUCCGUGUCCGUCGGCAGAUGAGAUGAGAUGAGAUGAGAGGGCGGCCGAUGUGAGUGCUCUUUUGGUCGUUUGGGUUCCGGAGCUGUGUAGGAUUCCAUAAAAAUAUAUUACUAGUAGUUUUACUUUUAUUGCCGAAUCUAAAAGUUUAGAUCCCGUUUGAGCAUUUGGCAAGGAUCCAGAUUCAGAAAUGUUCAGGUCCAGAUUGUUUCAAGAAUUAUUUUAUGGAACUAUUUGUCUCGUAGAAA